CUAACAUUGAAUAACGCUUGACAUCAACGAGCCAGUGUUUAACUUGAGCCUAGCCUUACCCAGAAAAUACGACGUAAGUUUGUCGAAAAAUGGCAUUUUAUGAAAGAGAAGUUCGGGUACCCACAGCUGAACCUUCCAAAUGGAAUUCCUCUCAUAUUGACAAAGAGACAAAAUUGAAUUACAAUAGCACAUUUUGGUAUUCACUCGUGUCUCCAGUUGACCAAACUCUACAGAGAAGCUUGAACGAAAGAAAAGAUAGCUCUGAUGAAUUUUCAGACAUUUAUGACUUUUUUAACGUUCAUAAUCUAACAUUCCAUUUAUUCAAUUCAAAUGCUUUUAGUUUGACAUCAGAAGGAUUUGAGAAAUCAACCACGGUGUUGGCUUUGAUUAUCGGAAUACUGGGUUUCGUUGGAAAUAUUGUGACCAUCUGCACAGUUUCAUGCUAUAAAAAGUUUCAUACUCCAACAUUUGUUGCCAUCAGUUGCCUUGCUUUGUCUGAUGCUCUAAAUAUCAUCAUAAUAUUUUUGGAGAAAUUUCUGGCUUUGUUUUCUUACCUUUAUAUUCAAAUGUCUGUGUAUAGAGGGUCGUUUUGGUAUAUGGUGGCUUCUUUUCUACCUGAAGCCAUUGUUAACUGUUCAAGUGCACAUAUUGUGUUUCUCUCUAUUAUCAGAUAUUUAUUAGUAGCUCAGCCCUUAGAGAGCAAAGUACGACUUACCGCGUCAAUUGUUUUGGCAUGCUCUGUAAUGAUUUGGUUUUAUUCUUCACUCUUUACAGCUUUCAUAUUAAUAAUGUUAUUUACAAUUUUAAAAUAUUAUCCUUCCCAAUAUCGAAUCAUGAAGCUUACAUUUGUUAUCAUUCGUGUUGUUUGGGGGUUGUUUUCUCUCUGUGCAAUCGUUAUUAUACAUAUUAAAAAGAUGAAAGCUCUAAAAAUGUCUUCUGUAACAAACAGCAUUCAUAGAAGAAUGAAUGUUGUCAUUUCCAUUAUAUUAAUAGUUUUUGUCUGCUAUCAAAUUUCAUGCAUGUAUAUUUACAUUUCUGCAUUAUUUUAUUUUAUUUUCGGAAAUUCUAUUUUAUUUAUGAAUCUUUUAUAUUCAUACAAUAUCGUAGUACUCUUGGGACUUCUAAAUUUUUCGUGUAAUCCUUAUAUUCUUUUUUUCGCCUCAAUGAUCGUUUCAUAAAGAGACUUAAUUAAAAUCUGAAAAAAAUGUAAACAGUUGAAUUAAUUUCUUUAAUUCGAUUGUUACACUUUGCAUUCAUAAUUUAUCAUCACUAUUUAACACAGAGUUCCAAAUCAUAAUUUGAAAGCUUAAUGUACAUAACUUGCAAACAUGUACAUGCAGACCUUUAAAAAAAACUUUUAGAAAAAUUAACAUUGUAUUUCCA